GGCCUCAGUUUGAGAAGCAACCUCGAGAGCGACAGCAACAGUCGAUGACAGUCCAGGUUGGGCACAGGAACCAGUGAUUUCUCGCCAUGAGUGAUUCUAAGAAAGCCGUGGUACUUGGGAUUAGUGGGUGUUCAUCCAGUGGUAAGACAACACUUAGUCGCCUUCUCCGUGAUAUCUUUCCACAUACCUUCGUUCUUCACGAAGAUGACUUCUAUAGACCCGAAGAAGAGUGAGUUCGGAUUUUUGCCUGCACUGCUUUUGGCUCCCCAAGAAGCACGAUCUAGUAGAUUGGGAUUGUGCGGAAGCUUUGGAUAUACCAGAAAUGGUCAAGUCUCUUGAGCAUAUACGCAAAGAAGGCACGUUUCCUCCUACUCUCGAUUCCAAAGAAGACAAAAAUUCUAUUGGAGAAUGCCCCGUGUCAGAUGAAGAUAUCGAAGCAUUAAAAUCUAAAGUCAAGACAUGGACUCAACCUGGACAGCCAGGGCAUGGGAUCUUGACAGACACAGAUUCUCCUAUUCGCCUUUGUAUUUUUGAUGGGUUUCUUCUCUAUUCCAAGUCCUUGGCCGCAGUUCAGUCCCAGAUCGAUCUGAAACUUUUCCUUCGUGUUAGUUAUGAAAAGGCAAAAGGUCGAAGGGAGGCUCGUAGUGGCUAUGUAACUCUCGAGGGAUUCUGGGAAGAUCCACCAGGAUACGUUGAUAAGAUUGUCUGGCCAAAUUAUGUUGAGGAUCACAAAUGGAUGUUCGAAGGCGGUGAUGUUGAGGGAAAGUUAAAGAAAGAUGUUGUUAGUGAGCUAGGUCUCAAAUGCCAGGAUGGAGGUUUGGACAUUGACAUGAGCACGACUCUCAAGUGGGCCGUGGCUACAGUCAUGGAGUCUCUGCCUUCAUUUGCAAAGGGAGACCGAGGAACCGGGAGGUAGUCAAUUGAAGCGAUUGGAGGUUCCAUAGCGAUGUGAUCAGCUUUUGCAUUUUUGGAUACCUUCCACGGAUCUAGGUUAGAACGUUCAAUUCGACCUAGUGAAGCUAUCUUUUCGUUGGCAUCCUCGAACAAGGGAUGGUUGAAGACCAAAAAGCACAAUGUCGUACUCUACCUUCAAAUAAAAUAUAUAUACAAAUAGACAUGACAAAGACAAUAGAGAACACACCAUAAGAUUGAAGUUUUCUUUAACAAAUAACAAAGAAUGCGCCGAACUAAGAAUUAAUGCAUUGUUUCCA